UUAAUUUAUCAGAGAAGAUGCCGUCAAUGCGCCGCCUGUCUUUUUAAAGUGAUAAGAAACGAGUUUGGUUUGCUCGGACCGGUAGCAUUAGCGGUCCGCAGAUACCUGUGUAGGUGGGUGAUAAUUGGCAGACCGUGUCAGUCACCGGACAGCCGCAGAAGACGUGACAUCUGGGCGGCGCGCCGACACAAGUCAGCACCGACAGCGGCACGGCAGCUCCCCAAAGGCCCGUCGUUCUGGAGAGCUCACAGACCAGGUGACGAGGGCUCAGCACUGGCCACUGGAGCCAUCAGCGGGAUGGCUUGUCUCCACCUUUUGUCUCUUCUCGUCGCACUCUGCCCAGCGGCGGCCGAGUUUCAGCUGACCAUUAUUCACAACAAUGACGUGCACUCCCACUUUGACCCCGUGGCGGCCAGCACGGGCGCGUGCCCUGACUUCAAUGACCCGGACAAUCCCUGCUACGGCGGCAUUGGCCGGCUGGUGAGCGCCGUGAGCAGCAUCAAACAGCAGGUACCGAACACUCUGGCGCUGUACGGAGGCGACAUAUUCCAAGGAGACCUGUACUACACCCUGUUCAAGUCGCAGGUGGUGCUCGAGAUGAUCAAUAUGGUGUCGUACGAUGCUAUGGCUCUGGGCAACCACGAGUUCGACGACGGUCUGGACGGUCUGCUGCCAUAUCUGGAGGGCGUUAACCACCAGCAGCUGUGCACAAACAUCGACUUUGGCGCUCUGACCUCGUCCGUCACCGAGCAGUGCGCCAACAGCGUGGUCCGGGAGCUCGAUGGACGCAAGAUCGGCAUCAUGGGAUACACGACGACCGAAACGAGGAGCACUUCUAAUGCGCCACGAGAGGUGACGUUCACCGACGAGGUGGCGGCGCUGCGCGCAGAGGCCAGCCGCCUCAGGGGGCAGGGCGUCGACAUCAUCCUCGCCGUGGGCCACUCGGGACUGAAGCGCGAGAUGGAGAUGGCUGAGCUGCUGGAGGACGUCGACAUCAUUGUCGGCGGUCACUCUCACUCGCUUCUCUACACAGGAGAUGCACCGCAUGAAGACCCCACUGAGGGGCCGUACCCGGUGGUGGUACGCCAGGACUCGGGUCGUACCGUGCUCAUCGUUCAGGCGUACCAGUACGGCAAGUACCUGGGCAGGCUGGACGUGACAUUUGAUGACGUUGGCGAGGUGACUGCUUGGGGCGGCAAUCCGAUCCUGCUAGACGGAGAGCAGGACGAGACUGCUGAGGCGGCCCUGGAGCAGUACAGGGAACAGUUGGUCGUGCUCCGGAACCAGGAGAUUGGGUCCACUCUGGUACAACUGGUGGGGGACAGAAGUGUCUGCCGCGCCGAGGAGUGCAACUUGGGCAACCUGAUCGCCGACGCAACGCUGAGGGCGCUGCUGACCCCCGCUGAGGGACAGUGGAGCCAGGUACCGGCCGCCAUCAUGAACGGCGGUGGGAUCCGCGAGUCGGUGGCGCCUGGAUCCGUCCGGCUCUCGGAUGUGCUCCAGAUUCAGCCGUUCGGCAACACCAUCAACGUGGUGACCCUCCGCGGCGCCACGCUGCGGGAUGUGUUCGAACACUCCGUCUCAGCAGUGGAGGAGGGCGCUGGACGAUUCCUGCAGGCAUACGAGUGA